AUGGUGUGGAAAAAAAAGGAUCAAAAUUGCUUUGGAAAAGUGCAUAAAAACGCCACAACAAGCACAACCACCGCCCCAACCACACCCUUACAGACCAAAUUGAGCCACAUUGCAGUCCGAACCAUUCCCCGUGACCGGUUAGCCAUGACUACGGCACAGCACGUGACAGUUACCAUUUGCCCAACCUACGUCGGUCUUAUACCACACUAUUUACGUCAAAACACCGUGCAGGAAACCAUGUGGAAACCAUUAGGCAAACCACAUGUGAAAUGCUGUGCGAUUCGUGGGAAGUGUUAUUUUGACGACAUGUGCUUUUCUAUGGUAUCUGAGAGAGCCCCAUCUCUGCAGAAAGAAUCCUUUGGUGAAUUGUGGUGA